GAGGUACCGCUGGUCGCGCCUGGCUGAGAUUGUACUUGCCCAUACAGAACCUUGAGACACACACAACACCCCUCCAGCGCCUUGCCUCAUUCCGCCCAUCUGCAUCCUCAUCGUAUACGCUAUCGGAGGUAUACGCUAUCGGAGCAAGCGUCAACAACCACCGCUGUCAGAAUCGCACUCGACCAUGGCGCAAAAAGCCCGCAAGGACAGAGCAAAGGCCAACACGUCCGCUCUCGCCAAUCUCCACGCCGGCACCCUCAUCGCCAAUUCGCUCUUUGUGCUGUUCCAUUUCCUGAUCGGGAGGCGUUCUGUCCUGCUCUAUGUCAUUCUUUCCGUGCCCGCCUUCAUCUGCGAGUUCGUCUUAGAGUCGACCGGGCGGCCGCGAUACGAUCCAUCGACCAAGGCCAUGCGGACCGCCGGCGAAGACCUGGCAGCCCCCGGGUUUACCGAGUACAUGUUCGACGUCAUCUGGGUCACCUGGGCCUCCUUGCUAUCAGUUAUGCUCUUUGGAAACUGGGGAUGGCUCCUCUGGGGUGUAAUUCCCGCAUACGGAACCUUUAAAGCCUACGGUCUUUUGAGUGGAGCACGCGGGAUGGCAGCUAUGCAAGGACAGCAGCCGGUCAACGACGCACCAGUCACGGGCAACAGGAAACAACGACGAGCAGCCUAGAGACCUGCCAUGCGAUAAUCUCUACGUCAAGUGUCCUCGGCUUGCGAGGUCGAGUCCACGCCAAGCCCUAUCUCGACAAUUUAUGACAGUCAAGCUCCUCCGUCCAUUCCUCCAGGACACCCUUAUCGGCAUCCUUGACGACAACGUGGAUGUCUACAGCAUAUACGUUAGCAGCUA